UAAGAUUUGGCAUCCACCGACUCUUCUUCUUAAAUCUCCGCAGACACAACUUUAUUCUUUCUUCUCCUCCUCCUCUCUACCACGUCCCCCCACCAAUCUCGAUCCUCUUUUCCUUCUUUUCAUCUUUCAUUUCAUCCUUCUCUCAUCAUCAUUCCAUGUCUCUUCCUAUCUUUCUUGCUUUUUUAACUUUCUUCAUCACCAACUAACUACUAGUCAGUCCAUCCUUUGUUCCUCCAUGGCUGCUGCAGUUUAGUUAACCCACCAACAACAUGUCUUCUUCUUCUUCUUCUUCUUCUUCUAUCAAAUCAUUCACCACUUUCUUCUCUUCUUUACUUGUCCUCCUCCUCUUCCAUCUAGGUUGUUUCUUCUUCGUAACUAAUAAUCAUGAUCAUGAUCAUCAACUUCCAAAUUCAUCAUCCAAUAAGAAACGGAAAAUAAACCCGUAUUUCUCCCCACUUUCAUCUUAUUCUGCUCGUAAAUCCAAUAAUAAUAAUAAUAAUAAUAAUAAUAAACCUCGUAAAUCUCUUUCUUCGUCUUGGUGUUUCAUCAAGAAAAUCUUCACUUUCAGGAAACACGUUAAUCAUGAUAGAACAAUUUCGCCAUCAUCAUUAUCGUCAACAGCAUCGGUUACAACGCAGCCUCGUCCUCCUACACGUAAUGCCGUCUUAUCGAAGUCACCAACACGGAAAAGAAGAACUCCGUCGUCAUCGUCAAUUGCAAUGUCAUUAGAUUCUGAAUUCUCACUGAUUGAUCACAGAUCGUUUCCAUUGCGAAACGAUAUAUUUCCUUGUCCAACGUGUGGCGAGAUAUUUCAGAAACCUCAACUGGUGGAACAGCAUCAGUCGAUUAAGCACGCGGUUACGGAGCUACACGAUGAUGAUUCGAGUAAGAAUAUCGUGACGAUCAUAUUCAAAACCGGUUGGAAUAAUCCGAUUAAGAACCCGCCGACUAUAGAUAGGAUUCUCAAAAUACAUAAUAGUUCGAAGAUAUUAUCGAGAUUUGAAGAAUACAGGGAAGUGGUGAAAUCGAAGGAAUCGAGAAGAAGUGGUGGGAAUCGGAGAAGAGACGAAAGAUGUAUUGCUGAUGGAAAUGAAUUGCUGCGGUUUCAUUGUUCGACAUUCAUUUGCAAUUUAGGACAGAACGGGAAAUCUAGUAUCUGUUCGCAGCAGUAUUGCAAUGUAUGUGGGAUCAUUCGGUCGGGAUUUUCACCGAAAAUGGACGGAAUUACGACCGUCUCGAGUAGCUGGAGAGCGCACGUUUCGUUUCCUGAAGAGCUUGAAAAGGAAUUUGCGUUCAUGAACAUCAAGCGUGUUAUGCUAGUUUGCCGUGUGAUAGCGGGUCGAAUCGGUGAAGCUGGUAGUGGUGGGGGAAUUCUUGAGAAAGGUGAGUUAGCUGGGUUUGACUCGGUCCUCGGAGGAGGCUGUGGUGGUGCAAUAGAUGAAGAAGAGCUGCUGGUUUACAAUCCUAGAGCUGUGCUUCCUUGCUUUGCUAUCAUCUACAACGUAUAAGUGUGAGCAAGUUUUUUCGCCUUUCUUCGGCAAGUUAUUAUGUAAUAUAUGUUGUUUUACUUGGUCGAUAAACUAAAGGAAAAAUUAUGUUUCAUGAAAUUGUAAUAGUUUUUGUUUUUCAUUAGAUAUGAAUGUUUGAUUGUCCACUGGUAUUGUAUUUUGGAGUGUACUAGAUUUUGUUUGGGCGAAAACUAGGCCUGUUUCUAAAAAGACUUGGAAACAUACAAAUAUCUUAGUUAACUCUCUUGUGUCCUUUCUCUAAUCUAUAUAAUUGAACAGACCGAUUUUGAAACGGGAUGCAA